AUGAGUGAUUUGGGCUAUGAUGAUUUUUCUGAUUUCGAGAAAAAUAAACUCGUUGAAGUGAAUAAAGUUGCAGAUGUGAGAAAAUGUUCAAAAGCGAUGAAAAUGGAGGAGGAUCGCCAUUUAUUUAGAGAAGAACACAAGAACUCCUCUAAGCCCCGAGCUUCUCUUAGUCUUGUGUAUGCAACAGUUUGUCCCUCAGAUGAAGAUUCCCAAACAUUCGUUGUAAAUACUUCUCAGGGUGAAAACAUUCGCCUCAAAGCUGCCAACGCAAGGGAACGCCAACUCUGGGUGAACCAUAUUCGUGCGGUGGCCGAAUACCACACAGAAAGAGCUAACGAACAGGCCAGUAUUUCAGCUCUUUCUUCUCUUCAAAGGCCAUCAUUACUCCCUGUAAGAGAAAAUCGGCCAGCUAUGCUUAAUUCUUCUAAUUCCGAUCAAUCCUUCAGAACACACCGCUCCGGUGGUAAUAGGGCUGGUCGCAGUACUGACAGAAGCUCUGAGGCCACCACGAAUGCUUCCAAUGCUGAAUCAUCGACUUUUGUGGAUCCUUAUCAGCAGCUCAAUGAGCUCUUCCGUCUCCUAGAAUGGGAGGGUAACUUACUGGGUCGGGAAAUUGAUGACUUAUACAACCAGCCCACUGCCGCAUUCCCCAAUAAAAGUCCUGAGAUGACUGAACUUUAUCGGAACCUCCUCAUCAUAAAAGCAACGAGUCAAGCUUCCAUCAAGUCACUGAAGCAAUGUCUUGGUGCUCUUCAGCGUGAUAACACCAGCAACAGUAGUAACAGCACAAUCCCUGUAACUACCGAGGUCAAACCUGGUGCUGUAAAUCCUUCAGCUUGUGCUACUGCACCCAACCAUAACGCCACUUCCUCAUCACUUGAAAUGGGUUCUUCCUAG